AUGUCUCUUCUCAAUAGCUCAGACUUCUCCACCUUCCUGGUGACAGGAAUCCUUGGACUAGAGGACAUGCAUAUGUGGCUCUCUAUUCCCUUUAGUGCCAUAUUCCUAGUGACCCUGGCAGGUAACAUCACCAUCAUGUUGGUUAUCUGGACUGAGAGAAGCCUCCAUGUACCCAUGUACCUUUUCCUGGCAAUGUUGGCAGCCUCCGACCUGGGUUUGUCCAUCUCCACAUUUUCGACUAUGUUAAGGAUCUUCUGGCUGGAGGCCAGAGAGAUGAGUUUCCCUGCCUGUUUCACUCAGAUGUUCUUCAUUCAUUCCUUCCAACAAUUUGAGUCAGCUGUGAUUCUGGCCAUGGCCUUUGAUCGCUAUGUCGCAAUUUCCAAACCCUUGCACUAUGCCUCCAUCCUCACCAGUGGAGUAAUUGCUAAGAUAGGUGUGGCCAUUUUGGUACGGACAAUGGCAGUGCAAGUCCCAGCUCCCAUCCUUUUGAGGAGGUUACACUUCUGUCGCUCUAAUGUACUCUCCCAUUCCUACUGCUUACAUCCAGAUAUCAUCAAGCUCUCCUGCUCUAACACCAGAGUCAACAGUGUAUUUGGCUUAUUUGUUGUUGUUUCCACUCUCGGCCUUUAUUUUGUCCUAAUUCUUUUUUCCUAUGUUCUGAUCUUAAAGACUGUUCUGAAAAUUGCAUCCUUUGGGGGAUGCCUCAAGGCCCUCAAUACUUGCAUCUCCCACCUCUCUGCUGUGAUCCUUUUCUUCACACCCAUGAUCUGUCUGUCCUUGCUUCACAGAUUUGGACUAAAGCUUCCCUCACAUGUUUAUGUGCUCAUAGCUAACAUGCACUUCCUCAUUCUACCUGUGAUGAACCCCAUUGUUUAUGUGGUAAAAACCAAGCAAAUCCGGGAUAAGGUCAUUAGGAUUUUUCUUAAAAAGAGAUCUGGGGAAACUCAUCCAUAAAAUGUAGACAAAUAGCAGAAUGGAUUAGAAUCUAAAACCCUACCAUAUGUUGUCUCCAAGAAACACACAUGAGGCGGGUAGACACCCACAAGGUCAGAAUUAAAGGAUGGAAUAAGACCUUCUGGGCCUCAACUGAUAGAAAGAAGGCAGGAGUUGCAAUCAUGAUAUCUGAUAAAGCCAAAGCAAAAAUAGACCUGAUCAAAAGGGAUAGGGAAGGUAAUUAUAUUUUGUUAAAAGGGACUUUAGAUAGUGAGGAAAUAUCACUAAUCAACAUGUAUGCACCAAAUAAUAUAGCACCCAAAUUUUUAAUGGAGAAACUAGGAGAAUUGAAGGAAGAAAUAGACAGUAAAACCAUAUUAGUGGGAGACUUAAGCCAACCAUUAUCAAAUUUAGAUAAAUCAAAUAAAAAAUAAAUAAGAAAAAGGUAAAAGAAGUGAAUGAAAUCUUAGAAAAAAUAGAAUUAAUAGACAUAUGGAGAAAAAUAAAUAGGGAUAAAAAGGAAUACAUCUUCUUCUCAGCACCACA